CUCGCGUUGCUAUCACUGCUCAGUAGGAGCGCUACUUCCACCCAGAUUGGUCGUAUGGGGAGAGGUUGUCGCAGUAUGGGGCUCCUUAUCGUGACGCAUAAUUAGCUACCGGGAUCACGGUGAUUGGUGAUUAGACAAUUAAGAGUGUAAUGUGAAAUAUUAAAUUUUCGUAAAUUAUGACUCUUGUCACGCCGAUCAACAUGUGCCGCACUUGAACAGUUUAAGAUAAUCUGAAACCUACUUAUAUAUAUAAAAAUGCCCAACGAUGACAUGGACUGAGUCAUCAGAUCGCCAUCCUGUUAGCUCCUCAAGAACAUUUGAAUCUAAGCAUCCAGACUGACUUUGGCGCCUGCGUAUCCUACUUCUGAGCGUGUAGAUGAGCAUAUCCCACAGAGGUUAAAGCGGUCACAACGUGAAGUUCACCAUUGACAAUCUAAAUUUCACACUACUGCAGGAUUUAUGAAUGCGUGUGCUCUACAUCCAUUGUCCACACUUCUUCACGGCGUGGUGCUUAAGUAACUGAAUAUAUGAGUGGAGAAGAUGAGGGAACAGUAAACUUGAGUACAGAGCUCCAGAUGUGGUGUUGCCAUCCGUAAAUUUCAGGAGACGUGUGCGGCCCGAGCAUGCGCAUAGUUGUGCUGUGGCUGCUGUUGCUACAGUUACAGGCGGGCCGGGUCGGGCUUGGACAACACCUUGAAGCCCGCCUGGACACAGUGCGCAGAAUUUUGCACGAGGUUCCACUCGUAGACGGACACAACGAUCUUCCCUGGAAUAUCCGGAAAUUCCUAAAGAAUCAACUAGUUAACUUCCGGUUCGCAGAAGACCUACGAGAAAUGUCUCCCUGGUCACGGAGCUCUUGGUCUCACACCGAUCUGCUGAGGCUUCGAGAAGGCAUGGUGGCCGCUCAGUUCUGGUCGGCCUAUGUUCCAUGUUCGACCCAGCAUCUGGAUGCGGUGCAACUAGCGUUAGAACAAAUUGACGUCAUCCGACGGCUGGUAGCGAAGUAUCCCACGUACAUGACCUUGGUUACAACUACAGAAGGUAUCGAGAGGGCUCACGAAUCCGGCUUACUAGCCAGCCUCAUCGGAGUAGAGGGUGGUCACGCCAUAGGCACAAGUCUUGGGGUGCUGAGGAUGCUGUACCAGCUAGGGGCACGAUACCUCACCCUGACACACACCUGCAACACCCCUUGGGCAGACUGCUCAAUAGCGGACGAGCCAGGUCACCUUCCCCACAUCGGCGGCCUCUCGCCCUUCGGAACGCUAGUUGUGAGGGAGAUGAAUCGCCUUGGCAUGAUGGUGGAUUUGUCUCACGUGUCUGUACCAACAAUGCUAGAUGCACUGCGAAUGAGUCGAGCCCCUGUUAUAUUCUCUCAUUCCUCGGCGCAUGCGCUUUGCAACAGUUCCCGUAACGUGCCUGACCACGUCCUCAGAUUAUUGGCUGAGAACGGUGGUCUCAUGAUGGUGGCCUUCUACCCUCACUUCAUCAGUUGCAGCGAGUCAGCGACGCUUCAAGACGUUGUCGCACACCUCUGGGCUUGGAGGACGUGUCGCGUUACCCCUACCUCCUGGCGGAGUUGCUGGGCUCCGGUCGCUGGACGGAAGCAGAUCUGCAGAAGCUUGUGGGCAAAAAUCUCAUUCGAGUGUUCAGGAAAGUGGAAGAGGUUCGUGACAGAUUGCUGGCGAACGGCGAAGAACCAAUUGAUGAACGGAUCCCAGUUCAGGAUGUAUAUGGGAGGACAUACUGUCGUUACCCGGAAACGUGAUAAUGGACGUAACAUUUGUGUUUUCAAUAAUGUGAAGUUCGGUGACGGGGAGGGACACGGCUCUUUCUACUUUCCGUUACGAUCGAAGAUGUCGGUGAGUGCGUCUGUUCCGGGUUUGAGUACUGUUUCUACCUGUUAUGCAAUAUACGUGAACUCCAUUUCCCAGUGAGCUAAUGAAUGAAUCAACUGCUCCUAUACUUGUUUCGGGCGCAAAGCAAGAAUUAUUUAAAUUAAUGAGAAAGAAAAGUUAUAUUACCUCUGUAAAUAUGCUUAAAAUUAACAAGAUUGAUAGAAAUACAUACAGUAUUACUUAUGUAUAUUGAAUGCACAUUUUUAUACAAUGUGUCAUAUUUUAGAAAUGUAAUUAAAAUUUGUACAUCCAAUUUACAUGAUUAUGAACAGCAAAACAACAACAUUAUCUAAGUUAAUUUUUGUUGUUUUAGUAAGUAAUGGAGAAUGUUAUUGCAUUUUAUUUCUGC